CUCGAGCACCUAUAUGUCUAGAGACUUGUUUGUGUCAGUCAGAUAUACGCAGGGAAGUUGGGAGGGUGAACUCGGCAUUGAUGUCAUCACAAUUCCAAAAGGACCAAAUGGCACUAUCACUACCAAUAUUGCCACUAUCCUCCAAUCGGAGGACUUCUUCCUGCCUGGAAUAAACUGGCAAGGCAUUCUGGGGCUGGCCUACAGUACACUAGCCAAACCAUCCAGUUCUGUGGAGCCAUUCUUUGACUCAUUAGUAAAACAGAUCAGGAUCCCAAAUGUAUUCUCGCUGCAGAUGUGUGGUGCUGGAUUGUCGCUAAUAGGUGAAGAGCAAGCCAGUCCCGCAGGAGGGAGCCUGGUGAUGGGUGGAAUUGAAGCGAGUCUGUAUAAAGGGGAUAUAUGGUACACCCCUAUCAAAAGAGAGUGGUAUUACCAAAUUGAGGUUCUUAAACUGGAAGUAGGAGGACAAAACUUAAACCUGGAUUGUACAGAGUACAACUCUGACAAGGCCAUUGUGGACAGUGGUACCACUCUCCUGCGCCUACCAAUCAAUGUGUUUGAUGCAGUUGUAGCAGCCAUCAAACAAACCUCAAAGGUAAGAGACUUACUACUGGAGUUGUGA